UGUUUAAUACCAAAAAUUUUUACAUAGAAAAUGAUGAAGGACAAUAAUCUUGUGCGGCACUUAGAUGCUUGUGAAACAAUGGGUAAUGCCACAGCUAUUUGUUCUGAUAAAACUGGAACACUCACUACUAAUCGAAUGACAGUUGUACAAAGUUUUAUAUGCGGAGUUCUUCAUAAAUCUUCACCUAAAUAUGAAAAUUUACCUCAACCACCAGCCGAUAUAAUUAUAACAGCUAUUUCUUUAAAUAGUGCAUAUACAUCUCGUGUAAUGCCCCCUGAUAAUCCAGGAGAUCUUCCUAAACAAGUGGGAAAUAAAACUGAAUGUUCACUGUUAGGAUUUGUAUUAGAUAUGGGAAAGGACUAUCAAACUAUUAGGGAUGAUACACCUGAAGAGAAGUUACAUAAAGUGUAUACUUUUAACUCUGUUAGAAAAUCUAUGAGCACUGUAAUUCCUUUAUCGACUGGGGGAUUCAGAGUAUUUACAAAAGGAGCUUCAGAAAUGGUUUUGAAAAAAUGUUCUUAUAUUUUUGGCAAAGAAGGAAAAUUAUUACGAUUUACACAAGAGGACCAAGAUAGAUUAGUGAAAAAUGUAAUAGAACCUAUGGCAUGUGAUGGACUCCGUACAAUAUGUGUAGCAUAUAAAGAUUAUAUUGCUAAACCUGCACAGCCCAAUCAAGUGAAAUGUGAUAGUGAACCAGACUGGGAUGAUGAAGAUAAAAUCAUUAAUGAACUUACAUGUUUGUGUGUUGUUGGGAUUGAAGACCCUGUUAGACCAGAGGUACCAGAAGCUAUUAAGAAAUGUCAGAGAGCAGGAAUAACUGUUCGAAUGGUAACAGGGGAUAAUAUAAAUACAGCUCGCUCAAUUGCUAUGAAAUGUGGAAUUAUAAAGCCUGGAGAAGAUUUUCUUGUAAUUGAAGGAAAGGAGUUUAAUCGAAGAAUACGUGAUAGCCAUGGUGAUGUUGAACAACAGUUAUUAGACAAAGUAUGGCCUCGAUUACGUGUAUUGGCCAGAUCAUCUCCCCAGGACAAAUAUACACUAGUAAAAGGAAUUAUCGAUAGCAAAUUACAUACGAAUAGAGAAGUCGUGGCCGUAACGGGGGAUGGCACAAAUGAUGGCCCAGCAUUGAAAAAGGCUGAUGUUGGUUUUGCAAUGGGAAUUGCAGGGACCGAUGUCGCAAAAGAAGCAUCAGAUAUCAUUCUCACUGAUGACAAUUUUUCAAGUAUCGUGAAAGCUGUUAUGUGGGGUAGAAAUGUCUAUGAUAGUAUAGCAAAAUUUCUGCAAUUUCAGUUAACUGUUAAUAUUGUUGCGGUCAUUGUUGCAUUUGUAGGAGCAUGUGCUGUAGAGGACAGUCCAUUGAAAGCAGUACAGAUGUUAUGGGUGAAUUUAAUUAUGGAUACGUUAGCAUCUCUUGCCUUGGCUACAGAGCUUCCAACUGCAGAAUUACUGUUAAGGAAACCUUAUGGGAGAAUGAAACCUCUUAUAUCGCGAACAAUGAUGAAAAAUAUUUUAGGACAAGGCAUUUAUCAGUUGACGAUCAUCUUCUUUCUAUUGUUCCUGGGUCAUAAGUUCUUUGAUAUUGAUUCUGGAAUGUAUGCACCGUUGCAUUCACCUCCAUCCGAACAUUUUACAAUCAUUUUUAAUACUUUUGUCAUGAUGACAUUAUUCAAUGAAAUGAAUGCAAGGAAGAUUCAUGGAGAGAGAAACAUAUUUGAAGGUCUCUUCACUAACCCAAUAUUCUAUAGUAUUCUUUUGAUUACUGCAGGUGCUCAGGUAAGUUAUAAUUUAAAACAAAUAUAAUGCUUGUAUAUAAAA